GUAUCCUGACUUGUAUAUAUGCGGUAAUAUCUUUAAGUUAUGUCACAUAAAUUAACAUUUCUGGGGGAUUAUCGAAAUGAUCCUCAAGUAAUUCUACAUUCAUGAAUUUGCAUUCAGCUUAUGUUUACAUCUGAAAUCUAAAUGAAUAUAUAAUGUAGAAUUGCAUAUUGCCUGACACUGAGGUUGUUUACAGUGAAUAAUGCAAGCAAACCAACGUAUUGUCAGAAAGCUCAUAGAAUAACAUCACAAUCAUUAUUACUUUGCAAAGGCUCAAUAACUGAGACUGCUAGGGACCAGACACUUCUGAGGCACACUCCUGAGUCAACCAGCCUGGACAACAUUGAGGGCACUUCCGAGUCAACCAGCCUGCACAACAUGGAGGGCACUUCCGAGUCAACCAGCCUGGACAACAUGGAGGGCACUUCCGAGUCAACCAGCCUGGACAACAUGGAGGGCACUUCCGAGUCAACCACCCUGGACAACAUGGAGGGCACUUCCGAGUCAACCACCCUGGACAAUAUUGAGGGCACUUCCGAGUCAACCAGCCUGGACAACAUGGAGGGCACUCCUGAAUCAACCACCCUGGACAACAUGGAGGGCACUCCUGAAUCAACCACCUUGGAUGACGUAAACAUGAGUCACAAAAUAGUCACAUUCCAAGCUUCUUCAAAGGGCUCCAAAAGAAAGCAAGCUGUGAAGGUGAGAAGCAAGUGGACAGGUGAGGAAGUGAAGGCUGUUGAGCGGCAUUUGCUUAACUUCAUUACAAGCUGCAGAAUACCUGGCAAAAAGGACUGUGACUCCUGCCUCCAGGCAGAGUCAGUAGCUCUGAAAGACCGAGACUGGGUUGCCAUCAAGUACUACGUACACAACAGAAACGUAGCAUUAAAAAGGAAGAUGACUAGGUAGAUCCAUUCCAAUUGAUCUUGUUUUUUGCUUGUAUUUUUUUUGCUGGCACUCAAUAAAAGUAAG